AAAGCAGGCCAAGUGAGGUCGGACGGGCGGCAAACACACCAACAAAGGUGUUCCGAGCAGUGAGUCAGUGAGCCACUUGGCGAACCUUUGGAGUUUUACUUCUUCUUCUUCGCCGAAACCAGGGAUAAAAAUGGGAGCCCGCGAAAGUGCCCUCAGGGACGGCUACCAGCUCGACAGGGCUGGAGGCGUAAUGGGGAACGCUGCGGGCGGCGCAGCGACCUCAGGUGAGGCGGCGUGGUGACGAGUACAGGCGCAGCAGCAGGCAUCAGCCAACCCUGCGAUGGGCAACAAGCUGAGCUGCUCUUGCGCGCCGCUCAUACGCAAGGCGUACCGCUACGAGGACUCGCCCUGGCAGACCUCGCGCCGCAGAGAUGGUCACCUGCUAAGCAGACUCUGGGCCGAGGUAUUCCACGUGAGCGCCAGCGGCGCGGGUACCGUGAAAUGGCAGCAAGUGUCAGAAGACCUGGUACCCGUCAACAUCACCUGCAUUCAGGACUCGCCCGACUGUGUUUUCCACAUUACUGCCUACAACUCGCAAGUCGACAAAAUCCUCGAUGUCCGACUCGUGCAGCCAGGCACACGGAUCGGACAAGCGUCGGAAUGUUUCGUUUAUUGGAAGGAUCCCAUGACAAAUGACACGUGGGGCCUCAACUUCACUUCUCCCAUCGACGCGAAGCAGUUCAGAGAAUGCUGCUCGCCGUCGUUUAAGUUCUCACGCAAGGCUUCGUCGUCGUACUCGCUGCGACUGGAGCCGCCGAAACAGAAGGUGAAAGCCAAGAGGAAGCCGCUGUCGACGCCGGCCUCGCCCUCGAGGUCACGGGAGCCCCAGUGCACCUGCAUGACCCCCGAACAAUACGCGCGACUGCGGGCCCAAGACCCGCGUUAUCGUUCUUCAACUCUUCCACGCGCACAAUCCGUGCGUUCUGCGUCCGGCGACGACGGCACCACCCGCAGCGAAAAAGUGGCCGCCGCCACUUCGAGCACCUCCCUGUACGACAACGUGCAGGGCGGGCCGAAACGCGGCGAGCAAGCGUACGGCAGCAUGCGUCAGCAGCGUUCGGGUGGCGUCGGCGGCAACUCGCAGCCCACCCCGCAGGACGCGGCCAAGGCGGCCAACCACGUGGCCGCCGCGCAGCAAACGGCCACGAGCGACGCGACGCAGCAGACGAGCGCCGGACGCCAACCGCCGCCGGGCGGCAACGCCCAGCCCGGCACCAGACGAAACAAGCAGCUCAACGACCUCAAGCAGCAGUACUACUCGGACGCGGAGACGUCGCGCGACGACGAAUUCAGACACAAACGUGCCAAGAGCAAGAGCACCGACGACAUGACGCUCGCCAACGAGCGCAACAUCAGCCUCGACAGCAACACGCUCAAGCGAAUGCUCAAGCCUAUGCCCUCGGUGGAGAGUCCCGUGACCUCUCCGGAGAUGUCGCGCCGGCGCUACAAUCGGCACCACCACGGCGGCGGCCACCACCACCACCACCACGGCCACAUUCAGCGGCAGGACAUGGGCAGCAGCUUCCUGUCCGAGCCGGAGAGCGGCGGGCCGUACCACCGGCCGGCGUCCGCGGCCGCCGGCAGCGCCCGCUUCUCCAACUCGCGGUCGGCGCACGAAUUCGGACGCGGCUUGUACCUCGAGUUGGAGCGCGAACGGGGCGACAACUCGCCCCCCUCGGACAACGUGCUGUUCGACAACCAGUGCUACGCCACCACCCCGAGCUCGAGCAACGGCAACAACUCGGACAUGGAGCCCCAGGGCCAGCCGAACAGCGCCAGCACGCCGGGCUCGCCGACCUCGCGCCUCCUCCUCGAGUACGAGAUGCACCUGCGCAACACGCUGGCCAAGGGCAUGGACGCCGAGUCGUACAGUCUGCACACGUUCGAGGCGCUGCUCACCCAGAGCAUGGAGAACCUCGAGUCCGCCAUUUGGAAUGAGGCAAGCAACAACCGACACCUGCACAACAACAAUAAUUACAACAAUAAUCACCCCCACCACCACCACCAUCACCACCCUCACUCCCACCUUCACGGCCGGCGGCCGGCGGCCAAGACCUCGGUGGCCGCGGCCAACGCCACGUGGCAGGCGUCCGGAGGGCAAAAGCCGCCGACGGGCAAGAGGACCUGCUGCAGCCAAGCCAAGCACCACAACCACAAACAGGCCUCGACCAGAAGCAUUCCCGGAGAGUUUGCUGAAAACCUGCCCACCUCCAAUCAGCGCAGCCCGUAUCCAGCGAGGAGACGACCUGGAAGCAGUGCCAGUUUGAACAAAUCGUCGACCUUGCCACUGCCAAAUCGCGGGGCUCCGGAGCGUCCGGCUUCAGCCCGCGAGCCACGCGAGCGAGAUCGCGACCGCGACGGUUACUACAGCGACCGGAACGAGUUGGCUCGAGAGCGGGAACGGGACCGCGGCUACCUGAGCGACCACAACUCCAGGUGCGCGUCCUGCCAGAGCGAGCCCGACGAACCAGACGAACCGGAGGUGCAGGUGGUGCACCUGACGUCGCGCCAGGCCAAGCAGCUGGCCUGGUCCCGGCAGCACAACAAGGCCAUCAAGGGUGGCGGCGGCGGCGGCGGCGGCGGCGGUCGCACCGCGUGGGACUCGCUGCCCUCCCUGCGCCGCGACGGCAGCCUCACCGACUCGGCCGCCCUGGCCCCGAGGGCCGACUCCUUCGAUCAGAGGAGCAGCAUGUUCGACCGCACGGACAGCUUCAGGUCUUCGGACUAUUUGAGCGACCGCGAGAGCAGGUACGGCAUCGUGCAGCAGGCGUCCGUCGAGAGCGCCGACUCGCGCCUCUGCUACCUGACGUCCUCAGAGAUGUCGGACGACGACCGCAUGUCGUUGACCACGGCCGUCAGCGACGAUGACGACGUCGAAAGCGUGCACAAUUCGCCGUACAGAGCAAAACAGACUGGCACCGCAGCCGCCUCGUUCAACUGCACUGGCGCCGUCAGGAAGGCCGGGUUCCUGAGCGUGAAGAAGUGGCUGCUGCGCAAAAAGCACCAGAUCGAGCUGGCCAGGAAGCGCGGCUGGAAGGGUUACUGGGUGUGCCUCAAGGGCACCACGCUGCUCUUCUACCCGUGUGACUCGCGCGAGGGCCGCUCCGUCGAGGCGGCGCCCAAGCACCUCAUCAUCGUCGACGGCGCCAUCAUGCAGCCCAUCCCAGAGCACCCCAAAAGAGAUCACAUCUUCUGCCUCUCGACCGCCUUCGGGGACGCCUACCUUUUCCAGGCGCCCUGCCAGGUGGAACUUGAGAACUGGGUGAACAGCAUCCACUCGGCGUGCGCGGCCGCCUUUGCCAGGCACCGCGGAAAAACGGGUACUCUGCACCUGCUGCAGGAGGAGAUCUUCCGGCUGGAUAAGGCCAUCGAGUCGGACCACAAGCUGAAGCACAUGGCCGACCUGCAGCAGAGUGUGGUGAGCGACGCGGAAACCAAGCGCCAGAUCACCGGCCAAAUAGUGCAGUGGGAGGAAAACCUGGAGCGGCUCCACUGCGAGCAAUUUAGACUGCGAUGUUACAUGGCUUCCUUGCAAAACGGAGAACUUCCAAACCCCAAGAGUUUGCUGACGCACGUGUCGCGGGCCACGAAGAACACGCUCAACCGGCUAGGGGUGUUCACGGUGUCGUCGUUCCACGCGUUCAUCUGCGCCCGCAGCCCCUCGUUGCUGAACAACCUGCUGGCGGGUCGUGGGGCCACCAAGCGACGCGCCCCCAUGCUUUCCAGGAGCAAUAGCGGCUCCAGCAGGCGCUCGCUCCAGCUCGGCGGCUCCGGUUCCAGGGAGGAAUCAAACAAGGCCGCCAAGGUUUUACUUCCAGAAGGACAGAGUGCCACAGUAAUUUUAAGAGAAGCGAUGUCUGUGGAGGAAUUCUUAGUUAGCGCGUGUAGUCGAAAAAACUUGAACCCGAUGGAGCACUUUCUGCGUGUGAAGAAGCGGAAGGAAAUGGAGGAUCACAACUAUUUUGUACCGCAUCGCACCGACCUGGUCGAGACCUACUUGCACACCCACGAGGUGGUGGAGGUUUGCGCAAAGAUCCUGUACCAAGUCGAGCUGCAGAGAGCGACUCUCGAGCAGAUGUGGGGCUUUUCGGUCGAGGCCGAGUUAAUUGAGAACUCGGAGCGGCAGGACGAACUCUGUUGCUAUGUCAGCAGGGUCGAGGACAAGAGCGUCGCCAUGCAGAACGGCAUCAUCAAAGGCGACGAGAUAAUGGUUAUAAAUGGUGCCAUCGUGAGUGACUUGGACAUGAUGUACCUCGAGAGUGUCCUGCAAGAGGAGCUCUCGCUCUGCAUGAUGAUGCGCUCGUCACGCACCGAGCCACCUGACAUCGCCAACCUGAUGCGUGGCACCACUGACGACAUGAUCGACAGCCUCGUGUGUCCGCCACCACCCUCGGACGGACUCAUCAGCGAGGAAGUCAUUUCAAACCUGAUUGUCCCCGCACCAGGAUGGGCUAAGGAAAUGUACUCGCCAGAAACAGAAAGUUCGCCAGUGCCCUCAAGCGAGGCGAGCAAAGCUUCGCGCGCCAACUCCUUUGAGAUCGACAAUCUGCUCAAACCAUGCUCUGCCUUGCAGACCGCUGAGCAGGUUACAGGAUUCUGUCGAUCGCCGGUGGAGACUCGCAAGUCGAGCCCCACCGGCAGCAUCAUCAGCAGCCAGUCGCAACAAGCGGUGCUCACCCCCAGCAGGCAACUCACCGACACCGAGAAGCUCAGGAAGGUCAUCCUUGAGCUCAUUGAAACAGAGAGGACUUACGUAAAACACUUGAACAGUCUGCUGGAGAACUACCUGGAGCCGUUGAAGAGAGAAACUUUCCUUUCAAACGCCGAGAUCAACGCUCUCUUUGGCAACAUCCAAGAAAUUGUCGCUUUCCAGCGCCAAUUCUUGCAGAACCUGGACGAAGCUCUUGAGAUGGAGCCCGAGUUCCACAAACUGGAGCACCCUGGUCAAUUUAAGAAUGUCCUUUUCUCCAUUGGGAGUGCAUUUUUGUACUACGUGAACCAUUUCAAACUGUACAGCUCAUUCUGCGCCAGUCAUUCAAAGGCGCAAAAAGUACUUCAUCCCAAUGAGGGUAAUCAGGCGCUGCAAGAGUUCCUGGCCGCGCGCAACCCCCGUCAGCAGCACAGCUCCACUCUCGAGUCGUACCUCAUCAAACCCAUCCAGCGCAUUCUCAAAUACCCGUUGCUGCUGCAGCAGCUCAGAAACCUCACCUCUCCGCAGUGUGACGAACACCAGCACCUAGUUGAAGCGUUAAAAGGGAUGGAGAAGGUGGCGGAGCACAUCAACGAAAUGCAGAGGAUCCACGAAGAGUACGGCGCAAUUUUCGACCACCUAUUUCGGCAGCACCAGAAAUCGUGUAAGCAGCCGAUCGACCUCAGUCUCGGCGACCUCCUCUACUACGGCGGUGUGGAGUGGCUCAAUAUCUCAGACUUCCUUGGUAAAAUUAAGAAAGGACUGGAGCUGCACGCCAUGUGCUUUGUCUUCAAGUCCGCUGUUGUGUUCUUAUGUAAGGAGAGACUUAGACAGAAGAAAAAACUUAUGGGUGUGGCGAGCAAAGCCAACACCAGCGAAGUGGAGAUCAUCCGCUACCAGGUGCUCAUUCCUGUGACAGAGGUGCAGGUGAGGGCCUCGUCGGCCAAAGACAUGGACUCGCACUUCCUGUGGGAGCUCAUCCACCUCAGGAGUCAGUUGCAGAGACGCUCGGAAAAGGUUUACGUGCUUUCCAACAGUUCAACAAACGCUGCCUCUUCUCGCAGAACUCGCACUGGUGAGUUCCGCAACGCCUUUCUGAAAACGAUUCGCCAGAUUAUUAGAGAAAGUGUGCGAAACAUGAGCAUUCCUGCGACGAAACCACUCGGCAACGGCUGCAAUGGCGGCGGCGGCAGCAGCAGUGGUGAGGGCGGCAGCGAAAAGGGCAUGAAACCCACCCUGCUGCCCGCAUCUGGACCUGGAGCGCACAACUCGCACACUCUCGGCAAACCAAAGAAACCACCAAAAGGUUCUCAACGCCACUCUGCCGGAAAUAUCGACUACGACAAUGUGGAGGUGAGCCGUGAGGAAGACGGCAAGGUUGUGGCUGUGGUGCACCCUGAGGGAAGCAAACCCUUCAGGGCGAGAUCGAAGACAGUCAGCGAUGGAGUUCCCCCCGAAGACAUGGCGCCCCUGCUUCCGAGCAAGCAGGAAAUGUCAAGUAAUGACGCGGGCAGCAAGUCCGAGGGCGAAGACGACUCGAUUGCGACGGUGACAACCAAAAAACCGACUCUGGGCCGCACGCCGAACCACCUGAGUCUGAGCACGACGUCGACCCUGUCGGCGGGCAGCACGGGCAGCCAGGCGCGGCUAAUUCAGUCGUCGCACCAGCCCGAGAACUACGCGCCGCAGCCCGUCAAAGAACUAGGCUCUCCAGUGUGGAAACCAAGAGACAUGCUAGGAGAGGCCGCGACCCUGCCGCGAAAGGGUAAAACGACCGGCACCACCACUGCGACUAUAAACUCGGCACCAGGAGAUUCCCGUAGCCUAAAGAAAUUCACUGACUAUGGUGGUGGUUCUAGUUCUAAGCCUAGCAAAAAGUAAGCUGCUCGCUCGUCAACUUCACAGUCUCACACUCGAUCUUCUUCAACACACACUCACGUCAUACAAAAAUAAUAAAUGAAAAUAUGCCAUCAAGUGCUAAACCUGAGAGAGAAACAGAGAAACAAAAAAACGAAAUGUUACACGCGUAGACGAGUUUUGCAGAAAAAGAAAAAUGAUAAAUAAUUAUAUUAAAAAACACGAGGUUUCUACUAGGCAACGGCAAGAUCCAGUGCUUAGGUCUUUGUAUAAAAAUUGGAGAGUGUUGAUGAGAAUUUUUGAGAAUUGCUUUUACUCGGAGAUAAGAAAACGAUCAACUGUGUGUGCGAGGGAAUUCGAAAGAAAGAUUGGCUGUUUGCUUGUAUUGAAAAAAAAACUGAUUGUUAUGAAGACAUACACACACACUUUAGGGUACCAUAAAUACAUAUAUAUUAAUUAAGAAGGACAUUUCAGCUGACUUUAAAACGGAAACAACACACAAGCAGGCCCGCUCCGUCGCGAUUCGCACGACUGCUGAUUUGAAAGACCGGAGAUUGAUCAAUUUCACACAAAUUUUACCGCUUCUGACGAGGAAAUGUCCAUAUUGGAUCUCGUUUUACUUCACACUUUUACCCGAUUACUCAAAGGUCUGCAUGGCAGUCGCUGUUUGCAAUUCGACGGUGAAAGGCCCUAGAUCUCAUCAAAUGUGCUCAAAUGUUUAGAGGUUAAUAUACAACAAAAAAAGGAUGGAAAAAGACAUAAAAACACACACACACGAGACAUUUCUUGUACUUCACACACUUAACCUCAUCACACACACACACUACUACUUAUUAGUUUGUAAUGAAGUUAUUUAAUUCUCAUUCAUUAUUAUAUACUCGCGUUGUCUGGUGGAAAAGAAUUAAUUGAAGAAUGAAAAAAAAAUGAGAAGCAGAGACGGUUGGAAAGAAAAGAAGUGCGAAUGCUGUUCACCGUGUGAAUGAACGGAAUGCUGCCGAAAUUGUUUACUGUCGAAAGUGGGACGGAAAAAUUCAUCAAAGUGUCUCCUCUCUCAUUGUCUCGUGAAAUAUUAAAUUCUGCAGCCGUACACCGAGGCCAAUGAUUCAUUUUUCUAUCUUAAGAUUCGGUGUGUAGCUGCAGAAGCACAGGUUUCCGAUGAAAAAAAUUUUAAAAAAAGUAUCGGGAGUGGAACUUUUUAAAAGAGUAAAACAUUUGCCUGUGUUUCCUCUGCCCCCAGUUCGAUCAAUAUAAAUACGAUUUAUUGAUUGCCAUAAUUAUAUUGUUACGGUUGAAUUAAAAAGAGAGAAAAUAAUCCACGUGCAGUAGAAAAGAUAUGAACCAUUGAGGACGAAUCUCCUGUUUUCAAUCGCGAAAACGCGCUUUUAACCCUGUAAUUAAUUGUUGAACAAAAAUCAGAGUACUCUCUCACGAAGCAAACACACACUCACACAAACACACACGCAGCAUAGGUUUUAAACAAAACUCUUGGAGGUUCUCUCGCUUGUGCUUUUCGCCCCCAAAUUCCCUUUACGAUAAGAUAAUUAUGUCAUGGAUUGCGCCAAGAAAAAAAAUGCAAAGCGCCUUCUUGCGACUUUUUCUUUGAGCACAAGAGAGAGAAAUUUAUUACAUAAUUUAACAUGGGGUAGCGAUCCUAUCUCACACCUUGUUGAAUUAACUUGGAUGCUGAAAAAAAAAUGCAGUAUUGUUUCUCUCCCAACCUGAGAGCUCUAUAUAUUAUAUCCGUUUGAUCAUUUUUGUCUAGGAAUGUAAAAAUUAUCAUUGAAAAACGAGAUGCAAAAGUUAUAAUAAAUUAACUCUCAUUGAGGCAAAAGUUGCGAUUUAAGCAGAAACACAACACGAUAUGACGAAGAAGAAAUUGUUUGAUAACAACACCUACUUUUAAUAUUAAAGGCGCUACAACUGACCUUUUUUGCAUUAAACGGUAAAAACGAUUACAACAACAAUUUUUGUCUCUCUUUGUCUUAGCAAUAAUUGUUUUAAAAAAACCGAGAUUCAGAUGAUUUUAAAAAGAAUAAAAACAAAAACAUAGUAAAAAAAGACACAGUUUACAAUGAAAAAACAAAAAUAUAAAUGAUGGAAAGCGAUCUGUACUCUGCACUUUAUAUCACACAGUGUAAAAAAGGCGAAAACAUAAAAGAGAAAGAAAGAGAUGAUUUAAGAAAGAAGAAAAUACACAUUAACUGAUGAUACAAUCAUUUAAGAGUUUAUGGAAAAAAUCAAUUAAAAGUUAAGUAGCGAGAGAAGCCAAAGGAUGGAGCGGUUUAAUUAACAUACAACAAAAAGGAAAACACAAGAUUAUUAUUAUUAUAUUAUUAUGAUGGUGAAUGUUGAUAAAAAUAAUAAAAAUGGUAUAUUAUAAAAAUUAACUGCUUCUAAUUUUACUAACCUUUUUGUACCUGGGAAGUAUGACUGAUAGCAAAUAAAAAGCAUGAUAUAUGUGAUGGGCAUAAUUGGGCAUGGAAAACUAAUUAUUAACAGCUUUGUCUUUAAUAUAAGAUUCAUUAUUUUUCUGUUUCUUGGAUUUUUUUCAAGUUUAUUUAAAUAUUUUUUAAUUUAUGCCUUUCUUUUUACUCUUA